GGCUUCGAUGUGUACAUUCCUGAGACCAGUGUUGAGGAAGUCUUGGAUGUGAUGGCAUCAGCGUGCACUGACCUAGCAGAGUUGCCUGAGCUCCGCGAUGUCAUUCUCGCCGUGAGCCGUGCUUGCAGGAAGCACAAAGCCUCACGUUUCCUGAUGUCUCAACUCCGCAUGAGCGGGCAGAUUUCCAUCCACGCAGGCAGCCAGCCUGUCCAGGCCAAGGCUCAGAAUUUCUACCUCCAUGUUGGAGAUCACAAGGUGAGGAUGACGGAGGUGAAGACAGAGCUGGAGAAGGGCUUCGAUGUGUACAUUCCUGAGACCAGUGUUGAGGAAGUCUUGGAUGUGAUGGCGUCUGCGUGCACUGACCUAGCAGAGUUGCCUGAGCUCCGUCAUGUCAUUCUCGCCGUGAGCGGCGCGUGCAGGAGGCACAAAGCCUCGCAGUUCCUGAUGUCUCAACUCCGCAUGAGCGGGCAGAUUUCCAUCCACGCAGGCAGCCAGCCUGUCCAGGCCGAGGCUCAGAAUUUCUACUUUCAUGUUGGAGAUCACAAGGUGAGGAUGACGGAGGUGAAGACAGAGCUGGAGAAGGGCUUCGAUGUGUACAUUCCUGAGACCAGUGUUGAGGAAGUCUGGGAGGUGAUGGCGUCAGCGUGCACUGACCUAGCAGAGUUGCCUGAGCUCCGCGAUGUCAUUCUCGCCGUGAGCGGCGCGUGCAGGAGGCACAAAGCCUCGCAGUUCCUGAUGUCUCAACUCCGCAUGAGCGGGCAAAUUUCCAUCCACGCAGGCAGCCAGCCUGUCCAGGCCAAGGCUCAGAAUUUCUACCUCCAUGUUGGAGAUCACAAG